GAGGUAACAAUUUAGGUAAUUCAUAAAAAAGAAGCAUUUUAGGAUUUUUUAAAUACAUGCUAAUAUUAGCUGGAAAACAUCUUGGCUAUAUAACAAGUUUGAUUUCCCAAAUAAAGAACAAGAAAUGCUGUUGUAAACUCAACAUACUGCACAGUAAAUCUCACUAUACACUUCUAAGUUCAACUCACAAUCGUUAAUGAUAAGUGCUCAAUCUGUAUUAAUUAAUGUAUUACAAUAUAUCUAUGUCUUAGUUUUGUUUUUUCCUUUUUUAAGUUUUUAAGGACACAAGACAGGUAAAGAAAACAUUACAAAAACGGUGCAAAUUGCACAUAAACAAACAACAUUUACAGUCCAGAGGUUGACAGUAUUUUUUUUUCAUAUUAUAGAUACAAAAAAAUAAUUUUCUAAAAAAUAAAUACUCUUGCAGUCCUUUUUCUUGAAUUAGCAGUCUGUCACAAAUUUGAUUCUGCGUCACAUUCCCACGCUGCCUAUUUGCCAGCAACAGCCAAUCAACACAGCGGAUACACAGACAUGUGACUCCGCUGGCCAAUCACCUCCCACGUUGUUCCCAAACGUAAUGCUAAGGAAGUUUAGACACUCAAACUGUCAAGAGGCCCCGUACUUUAGACCUCAACGUGGGUAAAGUGUGAGAAAAAACAAAAACACGUCCUUUGUUUGUCAAUAACACCGACAGGCGUCCCUUUUAACAAGCCGCAGGUUGACAAUGGGAGCGAACAACAGCACCCGCCGCGUGUCAUUUGAAUCAGACGAGAAUGACAACAUCACAGUGGUGAAGGGCAUACGGCUUUCUGAAAAUGUCAUCAAGCGCAUGAAGGACCCCACCGAACCAAAGCAACAGCAUCACACUCCUAGUUCAACAUCUUCCACAGCACCAACCCCGACCCCACCUCCUCUCCUAAAGGAUGUACCUCCCCCUUUCGACUUGAUCACCUCCUUGCCUUCUCCUGUAAACCCCAUUUUACCUUCAGCUCCAUCUGCCUCUGAGAGUGGGGCCGCACCUCCCUCUCAACGUGUGGCAGAACAGGUAGCUGCACCCACAGUACCCGAUGUUGUGUUCCCAUCUUCAGCACCCCUAGCUUCUGCUAAUGCUGUUCCUGAGCCUGCUUUUAAACCUUUUGCAACACCGCCUCCUCCUCCUCAACCUGCUGUGGAUUCAGUAUCUUUGCCAACAUCUGCCCCUCCUGCUCCAACUGUGUCUGAAGUGAUCAUUCCUCACCCUCCUCCUCCUGUAAACGAACCAUCUUCUCUAAUAAAUCCCUCCAUCCCUUCUUCCCCUCCAGCAAUCAAACCCAUUGCUUCUGCUCAUGUGAUUGAGCCCCUUGCUUCACCAUCUGCAUCUGAACCCAUAUGCCCCCAUCCUCCUCUCAUAAAUGCUAAACCAAUCGUCUCCCCUGUUCCCAAAUCACAACUCCCCCUCUCCCCUCCUGAUUUUGAGCCUGUCACCAUCUUGCCCGCAUCCAUACCUUCUGCAGGGGAUUCUUUGCACCCACAGUCUGCCCAACCAUUUGCUUCACUUCCUUUGCCUGAGUUUACUGCUCCUUGUGAACCAGUUGCACCUCCUUCUCAGCCUGCAGCCGAACCAUUAUCACCUGCUUCAGUCACCAAGCCAGUGACAGCACAUGAAUCAGGAACAGCAGCAGCACAAGCAAUUGAUGAGGAGGCUCUGAAGAAGAAGAUCACUGAUGAGCUGCAUAAAGACUUUGAGCAGCAGAGGGUUAAAGCAGAGCAAGACAUGCAAGCCUGGUUUGAGGCUGAGAAAGCCCGACUUUCUGCAAAAGCUCAAGUUGAGGCCCAGACCCAGUUUCGAGAUGAAGUUUCCAAGAUUAUUUCUGCAGAGCGGGCUGCAGUUAAAGAAAACCUCCAGCAGACUAUUAUCAGAGAACGGAUCGCCACAGAAGACGAGAAGCUUCGUGCUCAACUCUUUGACUUCGAACAAAAGGCCAAGCAGCUGGAAGCCAAGGAAGCUGAUCUGAAGAAGCAGGACGCCUUCUACAGAGAGCAGGUGGCGCGGCUGGAAGAACGGAGUGCUCAGUUCUAUAAGGUCACCACUGAGAACUAUCAUAAAGCUGCAGACCAAGUGAAUGCUAAAUGCAGGAGGUAUGAGGUGCAUCCUGUAUGUGCAGAUCUUCAGGGACAGAUCCUUGCGUGCUACAAAGAUAACGCUGGAAGAACCCUGAACUGUUCCAAUAUAGCUGCUCUUUACCUGCAGUGUGUCAACAACGCCAAGGAGAACAAGUUGAAGACCGGGGGUUAGAGACGAGAAGGUGCAAUGAGAAGUAUAUUUUGAGGGAUUAUAAACUGACGGAUUAAAGCAGGGAGGAGGAGCACCAAGACACCCACCCUCGAACCCCUAUGAAGAAACAAACCCUUAUGGGAACACAGAACGCGGCACCUUAACAUAGAUGGACACCUUUUUAUACCCUCAGGACCUCUCUUACCUCUUUCACCCCUCAUACAAGUCCAACACUUUGGAGACACAAGCACCAGGGGGGGGUCAUCAGGUCACAGCAUCUCCGAGCUUUAAAGAAUAACCAGGAGCACGUCCCAUUGAACCAUCUCCACCCUAACAUAUUUAUUCUAAGUCAACAGCGUUGUUCUGGUUUUCCUGCUUCACACUCUCAUGUAAACACUUCUAGAAAUGUGCUUCUGUUCCUCUGCAUUUUGUGUGAUUAUUUGUGUUGAUCAACCACUCCAGCAUUUCUUUGAUUAGUGGAAAUAAAAGACAAAUCAAUGCACAACUA